UCCUCGUCCCUGGAGAUACCAUUACGCCUUGGAACGCGGUGACUAGAAAGCGGUAGCUCGCGCGACGCGAGACACUACUAGCUGCCUUUUAGCUUCGUGCUCGACACCAAACCAAUCAUACUAGCCUGCCGAGGACGAGAGCCCGUCGGCCGCGAGCGGGCGCCAUCAGAGCCCAACCACCCCGCGCACCGCAAGCUAGCUGCCCCCCCACACCCACACAGCUCGAUCCAUCCCCCUCGUCCGCCGGCGCCAUGUCUUCGGCGGCUCCGCUGCUCGACUCCCGCCCGGCCGACGACGGCCACCAGCAGGAGCGGCGGCGGCGGUGCCCGUCGUGGCUCGGCCGCGUGGUGGACACGGAGGAGGCGUGCGCCCAGCUGCGGUUCUCGGGGCCGAUGAUCCUCAUGAACAUGUUCUACUACGGCAUCCCGCUGGUGUCCGUGAUGUUCUCCGGCCACCUCGGCGAUGUCGAGCUCGCCGGCGCCACGCUCGGCAACUCCUGGGUCACCGUCACCGGCUACGCCUUCGUCAUCGGCCUGAGCGGCGGCCUGGAGACGCUGUGCGGGCAGGCCUAUGGCGCGAGGCUGUACCGCCGGCUGGGCCUGUACCUGCAGUCGUCGCUCAUCAUGUCGGCGGCGGCGUCCGCGCUCGUCUCCGUGCUGUGGGUGUUCACGGAGCCGGUGCUGCUGCUCCUGCGGCAGGAGCCCCGGGUGUCCCGCGCCGCGGCGGGGUUCGUCCGCGCCCAGAUCCCGGGCCUCUUUGCGUUCGCCUCCCUGCAGUGCCUGCUCCGGUACCUGCAGAUGCAGUCCGUCGUCCUGCCGCUCGUCGCCUUCUCCGCCGCCUCGUUCGCGCUCCACGUCGCCUUGGCGUACCUGCUCGUGGGCGUGCUCGGCCUCGGCAUCGCCGGCGCGUCCGCCGCCGUCUCCGUCACCUUCUGGGCCGCCUGCCUCAUGCUGCUCGCCUACGUGCUGCGGUCGGAGGUCUUCAACGAGACGUGGAAGGGGUUCUCCGUCGAGGCGUUCCGAUACGUGCUGCCCACCGUGAAGCUCGCCGCGCCGUCAGCCGUCAUGGUCUGCUUUGAGUACUGGGCGUUUGAGCUCCUGGUCCUGGUCGCCGGAUUGCUCCCCAAUUCCACAGUCAGCACAUCGCUGAUCGCCAUCUGCACUAGCACGGAGACCAUCGCCUACAUGAUCACGUACGGGUUCAGUGCCGCUGUCAGCACCCGGGUGUCGAACGAGAUAGGGGCGGGGAACGUGGACAAGGCCAAGAACGCGGUGUCGGUGACGAUGAAGCUGUCGGUGCUCCUCGCCAUCUCCUUCGUCCUGUUCCUGGCGUUCUGCCACAACCUGUGGGCGAGCCUCUACAGCGGGAGCGCGGUGAUCAUGUCGGAGUUCGCCGCCAUCGCGCCGCUCCUGAUAGUAUCCAUCGUGCUCGACUCGGCGCAGGGCGUCCUGUCAGGAGUGUCGAGGGGCUGCGGGUGGCAGCAUCUCGCGGCGCUCACCAACCUGGUGGCUUUCUACUUGAUCGGCAUGCCGCUGGCGAUCUUCUUCGCUUUUAAGCUCAAGCUCUACACCAAGGGUCUGUGGGCUGGCCUGAUCUGCGGGCUGGUGUGCCAAGCCUGCUCCCUGCUGGUGAUCACCGUCCGCACCAAGUGGUCCAAGAUCGCGGAGGCGAUGCAGCAGGAGAAGGCCAACUACGGCGGGCUCGCAUAGAAAGUUGCUGCUGGACACGAGAGACUAGCGCCACUGCCAUUUUAGAGGAUCAUCUGCGGAGAGAAUGGGCAUGCCCCGUGUCUUUUUUUCCCUUUUUGGAACCGGCAUGGCCAGUGUAGACGGUAAACGGCGCGCGAGCUUAAUUUUGCUCGGUCCAGCUCGGCCUUGUGUUGCGCCGUUGGCCGUCCAUUUUGUUUCCACUAGCGUUGCUAACAGCACUCAUAAUGUUGGGGCAAAUGUAUCCUAUUGGACCUCACCAAUGUGAUGCACACCCGGCCAAUUUGCGGAAGGAGUAGCAUGGCUGGUUGGUUAUCCAUUCGUUGAUGGCACAGAGAGUAAUGUGCAGUGUCUUUUUGCAUCG